AUGAAAGCUGCUCUCCUCCAGGAGGUCCGCCGACAUCUAUCCGAAUCGGACCUCAUCAACUUGGCACAAGUCAAUUCGGCGACAUAUGGCGAGCUGGCCAACACUGGUUCGGUGAAGCAGCUGGUUGAUUCGAUGGAGUUGAUUCGCAUGGAAUGCUCGCCAGGCAGAAUGGAGACAUGCGGGUUGCGCAUCGAUCCGUUUGGAAAGACCGUCCAUACACCUGGAGCCGAUGGUUUGCAAGAGAAGCAAUUCGUCGAUUUCGUCUACGAUAAUCUGAUUUCCACCACAAUUACCGGCACUCUAACUCUGCGCAACGUGAUAAUUGACGAUUAUUUUUACGAACGCUUCAUGCUGGUGAAGCAUAAUUUGAAGUACAUCACCGGCCUCGUAUUGAAUUUUUGCAAAAUCACAGUUGAUCGUGAACAAUUCCAACGUAUGCUUGAGGGUUUGAACCUCGAUACAUUUCUCGUCUUCGAUUGCACCAUGAACACCGAUAUUAUGACCGAUGAGCUGAUUCUGGGGUUUCCUCGUUUGGAUAAACUCGCCAUUGCUAUGAGAAACGGAUUCACCGGAUUCGCCAACUUGACCGAUGUGUUGUUCUUUCAUUGGAUGAAGACAAAACAUUUGCCGAGUCAAACUUACUUCGAAAACAUUACCUUCGUUAAUGUUCAUAGAAACAUGGGCUAUUUUGUUCUCAAACUGGCGAAAAUUACGAAGAAGAAAUUCGUCUUGGCACCUGUUAAAAUGGUUGGCGGCAAGAAAAAACACAUCCUUCGCAUCUUCAGUGAAAUGUAG